UCUCCGCGUUUGGCCUCUCCUUCUCUCUCUAGAUUGCAUAUGUGUCUAUCUAUAUCCCUCUCUCUCUAAAUUCAAACUUUGAAAAUCAAUCAGAGAGAGAGAGAGAGAACAUGGCCCCAACAACUCUCCAAAUCUUCUCCCUCCUCCUCUCCCUAAUCUCCGCCGCCACCACCGCCACCGCCCAAUCCCAAGUCGCCGCACAAUCUCCCUCCUCCGCCGCCUGCAAUGGCAUCUUCCUCUCCUACUCCUACACCUCCGGAGCUCAGCUCCCCCCCACUCUUACCUCCGAUCCCACCCACCAACCCUACAAAUUCCAAUCCACUCUCACCAUUCUCAACAACGGUCUCGACGAUCUCAAAUCGUGGCAAGUCUUUGUUGGCUUUCAACACAACGAGUUCUUAGUCUCUGCUUCCAAUGCUGUGCUCGCCGACGGGACUACCCUCCCCGCCGGAGUUGGAAACGGCACCGUUUUUGCUGGCUACCCUACUACAGAUCUCAAGACCGCCGUUGAGACCGCCGGAGAUAUGACUCAGAUGUCGGCGCAGAUCGAUUUGGUGGGUACCCAGUUUGGUGUUGGGUCGAAUAGUACUCCUAUGCCUGCUAAUAUUUCGCUUGUCAAUGAUGGCUUUGUUUGCCCUACACACAUUUUGCAAGGGACGAGUGAUAUGCAAGUGUGCUGUACCAAAGACCCUAAUUUUAAAGCUAACAUCACCUCAGCUGGAGAUUUUCUUCCCCGCCAAAACGGUGAUCUUACAAUAAUGUACGAUGUGCUCAGAACAUAUGACUCAAAUUACUGGGCUCAGGUCACAAUCUCGAACCAUAAUCCCCUUGGCCGCCUUGAUAAUUGGAAAUUAAGUUGGGACUGGAUGAGAGGCGAGUUUAUAUAUACCAUGAAAGGGGCUUAUCCGUAUCUUGUUGAUUCAACAGAGUGUGUAUUUGGUCCGCAAGGCCAAUUCUACAAGGAGCUUGACUUUUCCAAUGUAUUGAAUUGUGAGAGAAGGCCAACUUUGAUUGACCUUCCUUUGGACAAGACCAAUGACACAACCCUGGGAAUGAUACCUUUUUGUUGCCGAAAUGGUACGAUCUUGCCACCGUCAAUGGACCCAAGUAAAUCGACUUCUGUUUUUCAGAUCAAUGUUUUCAAAAUGAAGCCAGAUCUCAACCGUUCACAGCUCUCCCCACCACAGAACUGGCAGAUCAAUGGCACGCUCAAUCCUGAUUAUCAAUGUGGACCUCCAGUUCGGGUGAGUCCUAGCCAAUUCCCAAACCCUAGUGGAUUACCAUCGGAUACAGCCGCAUUUGCCAGCUGGCAGGUGGUGUGCAACAUCACGCAGCAGAAGGGAGCUAGCCCAAGUUGUUGCGUCUCAUUUUCCGCUUAUUACAAUGAAUCCAUCAUUCCUUGCAAUACCUGUGCUUGUGGGUGCCCUAGUACCUCGAGCAGUACUUGUAGCACAACCACCCCUGCUCUUCUCCUUCCAUCUCAGGCUCUUCUUGUUCCUUUCGAGAAUCGAACCGAUCUGACUGUUGCUUGGGCUGAUCUUAACCACCUACCAAAGCCAAAUCCCUUACCCUGUGGAGACAACUGCGGUGUCAGCAUCAAUUGGCAUUUGUACACAGACUACAGUAGUGGAUGGACUGCUCGAAUCACAAUCUUCAAUUGGGACGAUACUAACUUUGUCGAUUGGUUCACUGCGGUGGAAUUGGAUAAAGCGGCUCCGGGUUUUGAUCAAGUUUAUUCGUUUAAUGGAAGUUUGCUGAGUGGUGUCAACAACACGAUAUUCAUGCAGGGGAAGGAGGGCUUGAACUAUCUUGUGGCUGAAUCAGAUGCAGCUGACCCACAGAAGAAUCCUAGGAUUCCCGGGAAACAACAAUCGGUUAUCUCAUUUAAGACAAAAAAUACUCCUGGAAUCAACGUGGCUGGUGGGGACGGGUUCCCUACUAAAGUAUAUUUCAAUGGGGAAGAAUGCUCGCUUCCUACAAUACUUCCGACAAGCAAUGCUUAUAGCAAGGGCUCAACAAUAAGCGUUUCGAUACUCUUAGCACUCAUAGUAUUCAUGUUAAUGCAACACUAGCAAUGGGAUGAGGAAUGAUUGUUUGGUUUCGGUCACCGGCACUUAUUUUUCAUUCUUUCAGCAACUUGGAUGACCCUCCAUUGGGAGUUUGGCACUCGAUUUGGUUAGUUGAUUGUUGUUGCUCUGUAGAUUAUGUCGGAUAUCAAAAUUACAGAUUUAUAGGAUAGAGUUUCAUUGUGUACACAGUUGUUGGACUAUGAUUAUAUGUUUUAUUCUUUAUAAUAUGUUUAAUUUUUCUUCCUUGAGUGGAAGAUGUGACAAUUGAUAGUGUUUCAGUUUUGUGUUAACCAGUGUGACUUUUGAUUAAA